AUGGGUCUGUUCCGCCGGGGAAAGAAAAACGAGUCUGAAAAGGAGACCCUGCAAGGCUAUAAACUCCCCGGGCCCCCAAAGGAGCCCUCCCUUAAAUCGGGGUUCAAAAACGAGGAAGAAAGGGAUGCCAACAAGGAGAAAGAAGACGCCCUUAAAUUUAAGGCCUCCGGAAGCGCGAAAAAUAAGAAAAAGAAGGACGCCCUUUUUAGCUUCGCAAGAUUGAAUUUUUUCGGAAGGUCCAAAAGUAAAAAAACUCUCGGGGAGACACAAAGGAACCCCAGUAAGGAGGAGCCUCUACUGGGGAGGGAGGUGAAGGAGAUCUUCAAAGAUUUCGAGACGUUGAAGGAGGAAGCGAAGGGGGAAGCAAAGGAAAUCGAAAAAGGGACAGCGACGGAGGAAGCGAAAAGGGAAGCAGUGAACGGAACAACCAAUGUGGAGAAAGCCAAAGUGCCUACACAAAGGAGCGCCACAGAAGCUGAGCUCCAAAGGAACGGCGUUCACACCUCGCCAAGCGUAAAUGAAGAACUGUUGGACAUCCUAACGGAGGAUGAAAGGAAAUCCAUCCAGGUGGUUUCCCUGAUAGACGGAUCUUCCAAUGGUGACAGCUCCGAAACAAACACGGAUCGUAAAGAUGACUCGGCCGAGAAGGACGUCCCCCUAAACCUGAACCCUACGUAUUCAAUUAAGAAACAAAAGAGUGGCACAAACCUGAGCCAGAAUAAACACCUUUUAAUGAAAAAAUCCAACCUUUCGGAAGGGAUGUACCAAGUAGACAAGAAGAAAAGUUACCCCCCAAAGAAGGAACAUGAUGAGAAUGACCUAGUGAUUAGUCCCAACGCAGGUGGAAACCCCGUAAAAGAGAUGCAAACAAAAAAAUCGAUCCUAAAAAAUAUCAUAAAAAUGCCAAUCUCUUAUGCAUCAAAAAGUUUCAAAAGGGAUCUUUCAGCGUCAAAGGAAUCAGCCAAAUUGGGGAUAGGGGCAAAUGAAACACGGGAAGGGAAAAUCGCAGGGACGAAGGAAGGUGCGCUCAAGUCACAGGACACUACUGAUUCGAUCUACCUGCAAAGAAGCGACCACGAUAAGGGUGAUGUCUCCUCAUUCGAAGAGAUCAACGGCAUGUCGGAAGACACCAACUACACCGGGAAAAUGAACUUCAACAAUUCUAUUCCCAAUUUUAACCUAACCAGUAAAAAAAAUGUCCCCCGGACAGCGAACACAAAAGACGCCGCUCCGAUGAUUAUCAGUAAGCUCAAAAUGAACAAAAAAAAUAGCAACAUUGGAAGCGGCUUUGAACAUGCGGAUGAUCCAAAUGAUUUCAAAAGGGUGAAAUCAACCCUCACGCGCCAGGACAUACGAGCGAAGAAGAGUAAUCUCAUACGUCGCGUUAAACUGAUGGAGAAGAACCUACUCAUGAGCAAAGAAGAGCAGCAGGAAGAUGGGACCAAGAAUAUACAUCGUAAAAUGACAAACGACAUUCUCGAAGGGGGGGGCAUUUCCUUCAAUCUCCACCCCCCGCUUCUCGUAACCGAAAAUUCCUUCGACAUAUGUCCAAUAUCACCUAUCGAGGACAUCAUAGAAGUUAUCCAUUCGAUUUGGAAUGACAACAAAGAGGAGACAAUUUCGAAGCUGAAAAAGUGUAAGGAGAACAACGAGAAGUCUUCCAGCGUGCUAAAGAAAACCUUGGAUAAGCUAAACGGGCCAGAAGAUUCCGUGGUCACUAAUUUGACCAAGAACAUGUCCUUACAACAGGAUUAUUUGGUCGAAGUGGAUGAAGUUGUGAGGUCUGUUAGUGAAGAUUAG